UUUGAAAAUUUGCUUUCGAAAAAUAGAAAGGAAAAUCCAUCGAUGGUGAUAAGCUGCUAACAUAUCAUCAUCGUCAUCGUAUUCGUAUACGAGUGUUCUGGUGCAGAUGGUGACAUAGCAUCAGAGAACGCAAAUCGAGGGGAAUUUGUUUUUUUUUUCGUCUUUUCUUGUUCGCGCUUGUAUUGGGAGAGGGUUUUAAGAGAAUACAUAAAUAGAAAAACCACAUGGCAACGGCUUCUUUGAUUCAAGUAGGAUGUAGGUUUUCUCCUAUUUUAAGUAAUGCUAGCAAUAAUUGUAGCUUUAAAACCUUUUUGGUAGGUCCGUUCGGUUCAAUCUCGUCUUCUUCCUCCUGCUCCUGUUCUUCAUCUUCCAACAAUUUGAAUUUCUCUACAGGAACAAAUAGUCACUGUAAACAUCAAGGCCUUAGAGCUCAAGCAAUGAGUACCACUGCAAAAGGUGACUUUGCCGCAUCCAACCUUGUUGGAAAUGGAAAAAACGAGCCCGAUCACCUUCUUGUUCUUGUUCAUGGCAUCUUAGCUAGCCCUAGUGAUUGGACAUAUGCAGAGGCAGAGUUGAAAAGGCGGCUUGGAAGGAACUUUCUUAUUUAUGCGAGUUCGGUUAACAGCCAUACUAAAACCUUUGCUGGGGUUGAUGGAGCUGGGAAGCGCUUAGCAGAUGAAGUUCUGCAAGUUAUUAAGACGACAGAAAGCCUGAAAAGGAUUUCAUUUUUAGCCCAUUCUCUUGGGGGCUUGUUUGCACGAUAUGCAAUUGCUAUGCUUUACUCAGAAAGUGACUCAACCCAGUCUGAUAAUGUACCAAAUUCUUCAGAUGGAUAUUUACAAACUUCAGUCCCUUCAAGGCGAGGACUGAUUGCUGGACUGGAGCCAGUCAGUUUUAUUACCUUAGCAACGCCACAUCUUGGGGUCCUAGGGAGAAAGCAGCUUCCAUUUCUCUUGGGAGUUCCCUUUUUAGAGAAACUUGCUGCACCAAUUGCUCCAUUUGUUGUUGGUAGAACAGGUAAGCAACUAUUUCUCACUGAUGGCAAACCCAGCAGACCACCACUGCUUUUGAAGAUGGCAUCUGAUUGUGAAGACGGAAAAUUUUUAUCUGCCCUCGGUGCUUUUAGGUCUCGCACUUUGUAUGCAAACAUAUCUUAUGAUCAUAUGGUCGGUUGGCGUACAUCCUCUAUUAGGAGGGAGAAAGAACUUGUCAAGCCCCCUCUGCGAUCUUUGGACGGUUACAAACACGUCGUCGAUGUGGAGUACUGUCCACCGAUUUCUUCUGACGGCCCUCAUUUCCCUCAGGAAGCUGCCAAAGCAAAGGCUGUGGCACAGAAUGCACCUGAUGCAAAAAAUACGGUGGAAUAUCAUGAACUCAUGGAAGAGGAAAUGAUACGAGGUUUACAGAAAUUGGGAUGGAAAAAAGUCGAUGUCAGUUUUCAUUCGGUGCUUUGGCCCUUCUUCGCGCACAAUAAUAUCCACGUGAAAAACGAAUGGUUUCAUAAUGCUGGCGUCGGAGUCAUCGCUCAUGUUGCAGAUAGUCUCAAGCAACAAGAAUCGUCCCCCUCGUAUAUUUCUGCAAGCAUGUAGCCAUGAAUUACAUGUAAGUGCAUUAUGCCAUUACGCUUGAAGUAUACUGUAAAAAGUAAAGUGUAAGAUAGGAUGAAGGAAAUGAAUUCUCACUCAUUUACUC